AUGACCAGAUUUAUUGGAUGCAUAGACUUGCACAACGGUGAAGUGAAACAAAUUGUCGGCGGUACCUUAACUGAGAAUGACAAAGAUACACCAAAAACAAAUUUUGUAUCCGAAAAGUCAUCUGAAUACUAUGCACAACUUUAUAAAAAGAAUAAUGUAACAGGUUCACAUGUCAUUAAACUUGGUCCUAAUAAUGACCAAGCUGCAUUAGAGGCACUUCAAGCUGCCCCUGGAUUUUUACAAGUUGGUGGUGGUAUUAAUGACACAAAUUGCCAAGAAUGGUUGAAAUAUGCUGAUAAAAUUAUUAUAACCAGUUGGCUAUUUAAUAAAGACGGUAAUUUUUUGCUUUCAAAUUUAGAAAAAAUAUCUUCAUUAUGUGGGAAAGAUCGUUUAGUAGUAGACCUAAGUUGUAGGAGAACCAAAGAUAACAAAUGGAUAGUGGCAAUGAAUAAAUGGCAAACGUUGACAGAUAUGGAGCUCAAUGAAAAUACUUUCAAAGAACUAGGUAAAUAUACAAAUGAAUUUUUAAUUCAUGCGGCUGAUGUCGAGGGCCUUUGUAAAGGUAUUGAUGAAGAAUUAGUUGCAAAAUUAUAUGAAUGGACCAAGGAAUUGGACAACGUCAAGAUAGUAUAUGCAGGUGGCGCUAAGAGCGUUAAUGAUUUGCAAUUAGUCGACGAAUUAAGCCACGGUAAAGUAGAUCUAACUUACGGUAGCUCACUGGAUAUAUUUGGUGGUAAACUAGUUAAAUUUGAUGAUUGCUGUGCAUGGAACUCUACCCAUUAA